AUGAACCCAUAUGUCGAGGCAGAAGAGAGACAAUUCGAUCCAAAGACGUACAUCCAUACGUCUACAGGAAACACAAUUAGUCGAAAAUGUACUUUAUGUGGUGCUCAGAACAUUCUAUUACGCGGGAAGACAAUUAUUGAUUCAGGAACAAUUGUACGUGCAGAUUUAGCAAAAGUUUCACUUGGUAAACAAUGCAUUAUUCGAGAAAAUUGUGUUGUAAAGCCUUCGUCAAGAAUAAUGUCCACAGGAUUGGUUUUCAUUCCUGUAAAAAUGGGGGACUAUGUGUACAUUGGGGAAAACACGGUGGUAGAAGCUGCAAUGAUCGGGUCUUGCGUGCAGAUUGGCAAAAACUGUGUCAUUGGAAAGCAAGCCAUUAUUCGAGACUGUUGUCGGAUUGAGGACAACACUGUUGUUCCUGCUGAUGCUGUGAUCCCGCCAUUCUCAAGGAUUGGCGGCAUUCCAGGAAAACUUCUUGAGGAUAUGCCUGAAGCUACCCAGGAAUUAAGUAUUGGGCAAAUCAGUCGAUAUUUUGAAAAUUUUACACCGCGUCAAGAAUGA